GCAAUACGACUGCGCAGUUAGGGCUCGCCCCGGUUGGUGCUCUCACUCCACACUCGGCGGACAGGCCAGUCAGAGGGUGGCCGACGCUUGGCAGUCAACCUCAAGGAAACUCUCGCCCACCGCCGAGUCGAUCAGGAAGUUAUCACCAAUAAGCAUCGCCCAUCAUGCCUCACUCAUUCGGUUACCGCGGUCGCACUCGCGACAUGUUCAAGCGAGGUUUCAAGGAGGCUGGACAAAUCAAACUUUCUACGUUCUUGAAGGUCUACCGGGUCGGGGACAUUGUCGACAUCAAAGCCAACGGUGCCCAGCAGAAGGGUAUGCCCCACAAGUACUACCAUGGCCGUACCGGUAUCGUAUACAAUGUUGCCCCUCGAGCCGUUGGAGUGAUCGUCUACAAAGUCGUCGGCAAUCGUUAUCUUGAAAAGCGAGUCAACCUGCGGAUCGAACACGUCAAACACUCGAAAUGCCGAGAUGAUUUUCUGCGACGAGUAAAAGAAAAUGCCCGACUGAAAAAGGAAGCUAAGGAGAAGGGAGAGAAAGUCCAACUCAAGCGAUUGCCUGCCGGACCUCGAGAGGCCCGCACCAUCUCUACCCAGUCAAACGCCCCUGUCACUUUGGCUCCUCUUCCUUAUGACACCACCAUCUAAAACUCCAAUUUUAUUCAUCAAUUGUACUUUGCUUGCACAGGUACAUUCAAUGAAAUUCCAUUAUGCCCCGAACUUCUAAGCCGUAUCAUACUUCUUAGCCGUAUCAUACAUCCAAGCUAUGCCAACGCAACAGCCCAGUACUCUUCUGUGCCUUUCACUGUAACGCGAGGAACUUAGACAUGAUUGAUUUCUUCCGAACCCACGCGAUGCCUGUUCCUUGUCAAAAGAAGUUCGCAUGCUCAUUAAUUGCCAUAUCUCCUAAAAUGUACUUCGCCUCCUUUCUCAAUCUUCAAUCAGGGGGUUGAAUUGCUGCUGCCACAAAUGAGUACCUGUUGGCCAUAUCUCCGGUCAAGUCAGGUAGGCCACCCCAAGCCUCCUAGUUUGAUUGACAAAGACAAAGUUUCUUAGACAUUGUAAUUUGUUCCCAUGUAUGCAGAAGGUCUUCGCUUGCACUU